ACGUAGGGCAUCAGGCGGCGGUGCCACGCCGGUUGCACGGCUGCUGUUCCUCUGAACAGGAUGAGUCCACGAGUACCACUCGCAGCAGAGGUUAUGUUGCCGUUGACUCGAUUUUGUUCCUGAGGCGCCCAAAGAAACAUUAUCAUACUGCACCAGUGGAUGCCAGUGAAGCGCGACGAGUACUGCUACUAGUAGCAACAGCCUGAGGGGUAUGCCGAUGGCGAUGAAUCAAUUCUGAUGCUGUUCCCUGAUCCCCAGUUCUUGGGCCCGUCCAGGCUGCGAUUAGUUGGACGACUAUUACUCUGGAGUACUCAGCAGGUGCUGAGUUCGGACUCACCUAUUCGGGAUAACUUAUCCGGGCCGCCGGAUCGCACCGCUGGUGGUACUCAGCACGAGGUGUUCGUUCGGACUCUCCUUUUCGGGAUAACUUAUCCGGGCCGGAUCGCACCGCUGAUUCUUGCCUUGAGGAGUCGUUACACCGAGUCUUAGACAAUCGCACCCGUUACAGGAGCUACUGCUCCGCAUACCGCAUCGCAGCCGUCCGUCCUCGUUUAGGAUACCGAGUCGCUCGAUACUACCGUGAUGGGAUCGACUGGUACCGCGACGAGGCGGCUCGGUCUUCAUGAUGUCAGCGCUCUGAGAGUGCUGAUGCUGCUGUUACUGCUGGCUUCCAUGCAAUGUCGCGUGCUGCGAGCUCGCUUGGCGGAAGGCGACGUCUCUCCCAGGGUGUACAUAGUUCGCCUGCGCUCUGCGCCUGCCACCGUUGCCUACACUGGCGGCAUUCCAGGCUACCCUGCCACUGCCCCUACCGCUUCUGCUGAUGCUGCUGCUGCUGCUGGUGCUGGUGUUGGUGCGGAUGGCGUAGCAAGCUCAGUAAGGGGAGGUGGGGGACAAGGAGCAGCAGCAGCAGCAGCAGCAGCCGAAUUCGAGCCCUUAAGUUCUGUCGGUUCACAGAGAGUAGAAUGGCCUCGUUGGAAUCGGCGCCCGCGUCCCCGUCCUCCGCCCCCUCCCCGCCCCCGCCUCAACAUCCGAGCGCCACACGUGCGCGCAUUCGCCGCCAUGCUCUCCAGGCAGCAUCGCAAGGUGGCGCGGGACAUAAAGAUCCCUGCGCGCAACCUCCUGCACAGCUACACAUACACCAGCAACGGCUUCUCCGCCCUGCUCACCCCGGCCCAGUUCCAUCAACUGCAAAAGCACCCCAUGGUGGCGGAUAUUCGGCCCAGUGUGUUGAUCAAGCAGCUGACUACGGACUCGCCUAGGUUUUUGAAGCUGCCUGGGUCGCUGUGGAGGGUUGAGGGGGGGCGCAGGAGGGCGGGCGCGGGCGUGGUGAUUGGGGUUGUGGACACGGGGAUCUGGCCCGAGCACCCCUCGUUCCGCAAGAACCGCUCGUCCUCGGCGUCAGCCCCGCCGAAGCACUGGGCGGGCUCGUGUGUGCGCACGGCGGACUUCAAGGGGUGCAACCGCAAGCUCAUCGGCGCGCGCUUCUUCCUGGCGGGCUUUGCGGCCUCGGGCUACUCCAUCAGCCCCACGGGGGACUUCCUCUCGCCCCGCGAUACCAACGGCCACGGCACAUGGUGUGCCGGUGCGGCAGCAGGCAAGCACGGUGUGAGCGUGCGCCCCCCCCUGCGCUUCUCCCCAGGAGCCGCCAGCGGCAUGGCGCCCGGCGCGCACCUCGCGGUGUACAAGGUCUUCUGGCAGGAGGCGCAGACAGGCGUGCUCUUUGCCACCUCGUCCGACGUGGAGGCCGCAGUGGAUGCAGCAGUGGCGGACGGAGUGGAUGUGCUGAGCCUGUCGCUGGGCGCGCUGGACCCCAGCGCCACCUACUUCUCUGACCUCACCUUCCUCUAUGCGCAUGCGGCGGGCACAGUGGUGGCAUUUGCAGCAGGCAACGAUGGCAGCCCAGGAAGCGGCUACCCGAUCUACCGCACUGUCUGCAACUUCUCGCCUUACUAUCUCACCGUCGGUGCCAGCACCAUCAAGAGGAGAAAGAAGAGAGGGCUCUUUCCUUUCCGAUCCGCUGGGUUCAAGUUCGAUUUGCGGCUCAAAGCACAGGAGAGGAGGCUGGGCUCUCUGGGUUGGUGUGAUGACGAUGAUGUCGAUUACGAUGACUGCAGUGGCAGCCACGCAGCUGAUAUCGUUCUAGGUAGUGCUGCUGCCUUCACGUCUGCUUCUGCUAUUGCAGCUGCUGCCAGUACAGCUGGUGCUGCUGCGGCCGCUGGGCGUACGGAGGCUGCUGCAGUUGGUCCUCCCGCUGCAGGUUCAGCUGUCACUGCAGCCAACACGAGCUGGCCAAGCUCGGGAGGCACAGAGGGCGUCGAGCCAACUGAGAGACUUCAGACGCUUGAGAGUAUCCAGAGCACUGGAGGCGCUGAGCCUACUGCUAUGCCUGCUCCGUAUCGUCCAGGCAGAGGUGGGGAGUUAACAGCAAGGGAGUUAGCAGCGCAGUGUGUGCCAGGGUGGGUGGAUUGUGCAGCAGUGAAAGGCAAGGUGGUGGUGUGCAGCAGCAGCGGCAGCAGCAGCGGCAGCAGCAGCGGCAGCAGCAGCGGCAGCAGCAGCGGCAGCGGCAGCAGAGCCAUUUCUGUGGCCCAACAGGUGGCGGCACUGGCUGCCUGCCAAGCCAAGGCCGUGGUGUUCCUUCCUGGCAGGGAGCCGGCUGCUUCUGCUGCAGGUGCACUCACCGUGCUUGAUGACAAUGCCACUACUGCCAGCGCUGCUGGCGCUGGAGGUGGUGGCAAUGGUGAUGCUGCCACUGCUGCUGCCGCUUCAGCUGCUGACACAGUCAGAAGCAGUCCUGUGUUGGUUGACUCGUAUUCCUUGCCGGUUUUGCGGCUCGAUACUCGUUCUGCAGUUCUGCUUCACGCAUUCCUACGGGGAACCAAGACCAGAGCCACUGCUGCGACCAUAAAAUCCAUUAUUUCCGUUUCCAACAUGGCUCCCGCUGUCCCAUAUUUCUCCUCCACGGGCCCUCUCGCUCCCGCCGACGACGCCCCCUCUCCCCCCUACCCCUCCAACGACAUCCUAAAGCCCGACAUUCUCGCUCCGGGCGUGCGCCUCUGGUCCGCCGCUCCCGGAAAGAGCGGCCUCAUUUUCCGCCGCGCCGCCUUCGCGAAGAUGUCGGGGACAUCCAUGGCCACGCCGCACAUUGCGGGGAUCGCAGCGCUGCUGAUGCAGCGCCACCCCACCUGGACCCCCGCCCAGGUCAUGUCCGCAAUAAUGACCACCGCCAGCACGCAGAAUAAUAGAAGCGGGAGAAUAAGGGCGACGGGGGGGAGGUCUGCGACGCCGUGGGACAUGGGCUCGGGGCAUGUGAACCCGCCUGGGCUGCUCGAUCCGGGCCUGACGUACGACAUUUCCGUCCAGGAUUUCAAAGAUUUUCUCGCCGGGCAGAAUCUUUCCCGGGCGAAGGUGGAGUGGCCGUCCGACGCGUUCACACCGACUGCGGCUUAUGAUCUCAAUAGGCCAUCCAUUUCGGUGAGCCGCUUGUCGGGGUCGGUUACAGUAACCCGGUAUGUUACAAGUGUUUAUUCGGCAACAACGGUCUACACUGCAAUUGUGCAAGCUCCGGCCGGCGUUGCAAUUGAUGUUGACCCGGGGAGCUUCACUAUUGCACCGGGGGAGACGGUUUCGUACACGGUGUAUAUUCAAGUCCUGCAAGUGCGUCGCGGAUUCUCUUAUGGGAGCUUGACAUGGCGGGACAAUAAAAGGCACGUGGUUCGGUCACCAAUAGUUGUUCAACCAAUUGCCGUCUGAAAAUGUAAAGUCUGAUGCGUGUAUUAUAUUCGUUGUGAGG